GGUCCCAGCGAUCGGCCUCGAGCUCGGCCCUGGAGGGUCGCGUCUGGUGGUCGGCGCAGCCGCAAGGCCGGCUUUUCCCGGAGGAGCGUCAGUCCGCGGACGGGCGGAGCGCGGCGGGCGCGAGGCCGGCCAUGGUCAUGGAGGUGGGCGUCCUGGACGCCGCGGCGCUGCGGGCGCUGCUGCGGGAGCGCGCGGCGCAGUGCCUGCUGCUCGACUGCCGCUCCUUCUUCGCCUUCAACGCCGGCCACAUCGCGGGCUCGGUGAACGUGCGCUUCAGCACCAUCGUGCGGCGCCGCGCCAAGGGCGCCCUGGGCCUGGAGCACAUCGUGCCCAACGCCGAGCUCCGCGGCCGCCUCCUGGCCGGCGCCUUCCGCGCCGUGGUGCUUCUGGACGAGCGCAGCGCCGCCCCGGACGCCGCCAAGCGCGACGGCACCCUGGCCCUGGCGGCGGGCGCGCUGUGCCGCGAGGCGCGCGGGACCCAGGUGCUCUUUCUCCAAGGAGGCUACGAGGCCUUUUCGGCUUCCUGUCCCGAGCUGUGCAGCAAGCAGACGACCCCCACGGGGCUCAGCCUCCCCCUGAGCUCCAGCGUCCCCGGCAGCGCCGAAUCGGGGUGCAGCUCCUGCAGCACCCCGCUUUACGAUCAGGGUGGCCCUGUGGAGAUCCUGCCCUUCCUGUACUUGGGAAGUGCCUUCCACGCUUCCCGGAAGGACAUGCUAGAUGCCCUGGGCAUCACUGCCUUGAUCAACGUCUCAGCCAACUGUCCUAACCAUUUUGAGGGUCACUACCAGUACAAGAGCAUUCCUGUGGAAGACAGCCACAAGGCCGAUAUCAGCAUCUGGUUCAACGAGGCCAUCGACUUCAUUGACUCCAUCAAGAACGCUGGAGGGAGGGUCUUUGUGCACUGCCAGGCGGGCAUUUCCCGCUCAGCCACCAUCUGCCUUGCUUACCUCAUGAGGACUAACCGCGUGAAGCUGGACGAGGCCUUUGAGUUUGUGAAGCAGAGACGCAGUGUCAUCUCUCCCAACUUCAGCUUCAUGGGGCAGCUGCUGCAGUUCGAGUCCCAGGUGCUGGCUCCCCACUGCUCGGCCGAGGCCGGAAGCCCUGCCAUGGCCGUACUGGACCGCAGCACAUCCACUACCACCGUGUUCAAUUUCCCUGUCUCCAUCCCUGUGCACCCCACGAACAGUGCUCUGAGCUACCUUCAGAGCCCCAUCACCACCUCUCCCAGCUGCUGAAGAGCCAUGAGGGGUGACCUAUAGCACCGGAACUCACUCCAGGCUCCGUGGGAGGAAGGAGGCAAUAAGCCCCGAGGGGGCGGCCUGCUGGUCUUUCAUUUCACUUGGUUCCUAUUAAGCAGUCAUUCAUGAUGCUUUGCAACAAGAGGUUGGUUAAACUCAGCACACUGGGGACCAGUCUGUCACUUGGGGGCUCCUUAGGCCCCUGGGACAGAAUGGGGCACAAAAGGAAGGAUUGUAUGAGCUCGUUUCUUUUUUUGGUUUGGCCCUGUUGUUUUUUUUUUUUCUUCAUGCUUGACAUAACUCCCAGUAUUACCAUUCCUGACUAUGUACAUGUAUGAGAAUAUAUCUUAUUUAUUUUUGUGGAGGUGACCUACUUUCACACGUCCGUGUCUACUCCUAGCAGAAACAAAUACCUCAAUUUUUUGUUCUGUUUUCUGUGUGUCUAGUGGAUUGUCGUGUACAUAGAUCUGAAGCAGGUUGGUUUGCAGCACUGAUGGCAAACACCAGUGUGGUUGUUUGUUUGUUUGUUUGUUUUUAAGUUGCCAACAGUUGUAUGUUUGCUGAUUAUUUAUGACCGGAAAUAAUAUAUUUCUUCUUCUGAGAAGACAUUUUUUGGUAUAUAAUAAGGAUGACCUUUUUUUUAUACAACAGAAUAAAUUAUGGCAUUUCUAUUGAAA